AUGGAUAUUAAUCAUAAUGUGUAUUCCAAGAAUUAUAGGGUUUUAUUUCAUAAUAGGUCAGCUCUGAAAAUUGGUGAAAUAGAGAGAUACGUUAUUACUUAUGACUUAUAUCAAGGUGAAACUCUUCCAGAAGAUUUAACACUGGAUUCUCUUUGGGUCAAGGUUAGAAAUAUCGAAGCUCUUUCGUACAGGGCAGCUUACUUGAUGGGUCCAUAUGCAUUAUAUUGCGAUGUUAGAACAGGUGCCUAUCAUCACUCCCAAAUGAUUUAUGCGUCAGUCGAUCGACCACAGUUCACAUCUAACCUUCAAGCUCAACAACAAAAGAUUGCUGAAUUAUCAUUACAUAGAAUUCAAAAAAAAUAUACUUGGACAAUUGAUAUCGUGAGUCAGGUACUUUUCUCUACAAAUACUAAUGUUACAUAUGAAAUUACCAUAAGUAAUUCUGAACGAUAUUUAAGAAUGAAUGACUCAUCUAAUUUAAUUCCAAGUAUGGACUUGUUAUGCUCUAGAAUGAAGGUAUCUAGAAUUACUACAGCUGAUAUUUGGAAAUUACCUUCCCAACUUAUCCCUGCAAAGAAAAAGAAGCAUUUGGUAUUAUUGACUCAUGGAUUGCACUCAAACGUGUCAGCAGAUAUGGAAUACAUUCAGGAACAAAUAUACAAAAUGCAAACUUCAGAAGAUAAGGAGCAAUAUGUUGUUGAUGGGUUCACAAAAAAUGUAUGUGAGACGGAGAAGGGUAUCAAGUACUUAGGUAGGCGUCUUGCGGAGUAUAUCAUCGAAGAAUUGUAUGACAAUUCUGUCUGUAAGAUAUCAUUUAUUGGACAUUCAUUAGGUGGUCUCGUUCAAGCUUUCGCGAUUGUUUAUCUUGGAACAAAAUAUCCUUGGUUCUUUCAAAAUGUCGAACCUAUUAAUUUCAUUACGUUGGCGUCACCUUUAUUGGGUAUUGUCACAGAUAAUCCUGCUUAUAUAAAAAUUUUGUUAUCACUUGGUGUGAUUGGUAAAACAGGACAAGAUCUUGGACUACAAUCAAACGAUCCACAUGAGUUACCACUGUUGUAUUUAUUAUCUGGUGAGCCAUUAGCUAGUCUGUUAUCUAAGUUCCGGAGACGAACAGUUUAUGCGAAUGCCGUUAAUGAUGGUGUAGUACCAUUAUAUUCGGCGUCAUUAUUAUUUCUUGAUUAUGAGGAUACUCUGAUGAGUCUAAACGAGAUUGAAAGCAAGGUUCAAGAAAAUGCCAUGAUUCCACAUAAUAUUUCCACUCUUCAACAAACAAAAUCUUCAUCUUUUGAUAAAUUUUGGAAAAUUUUAAACCCGAAUAACAUGUUUCAAACUUCAGAAGCAAUCCCAAAGGUGUCACUUUUUGACACAGCCUCAUCAAUUUUACUACCUCCAGACCCAGAUAUGACAUAUAUUACAAAGCCAAAUUCUCGAUAUUCAGUAAUUGUGCAUGACAAAUUAUAUUCGAGUAGUGAUAUUCCUCAAGAGGAUAGUACUGGUGAUAUUAAUCUGAUAAAAAGUAACAACGUAUUGCUACAAGCGUUCUCUGUAGGUGAUGAAGAACGUAAAAGAUAUCAAAAAUUAGAAGAAUUAAUUGCCCGUCGCUGGCAUAAAGGAAUGACUUGGAGAAAGGUUGUCGUAGCUUUAAAGCCAGAUGCACAUAAUAACAUAAUUGUUCGUAGAAGAUUCACAAAUGCAUAUGGUUGGCCAGUUAUCGAUCACUUAAUGGAAAACCAUUUCAUAACAGAGGAUUCGGUUGUGCCAAAUCGGGACACAUUCGAUAUCCAGCAAAUUCUAGACGAAAAUGAUUUAUCCUGGAUUUUCAAUAUUAAUGAAAGUAGUAUAUUUGAUCAGGGGCCAGCUGGUAUGAUCUCUACUGUAAAUGAUAUGUUUGAUACAAUAUCAAAAAGAACUUUGGCAAACAUAAGUACUGCUAUCGAAGAGAAUGAAUUAAACCCUGAAGACGAUGUUGUUCGAUACGAAGAAAAAAACACCGACUUAUAUGGGUGA